CCCAACUUUCACCCCGAGUGGAACAACGUUUCGUCUCACUUUGGAUCGCCAUCAUCAUUUUCGAUAGCAUUGUCCAGCCUGGAGGUUUUUCGAGAAAUCUCCAGCCAACUUCCUCGCCAAUCUGACUUCGCCAGGAGGAAAGAGGUAAACGAAUAGUGCAGCCAGAAGAUAGUGAUGCUGCCAGGAGAAAAGAAGAAUUGAGUGAGUGGAGAUCACAUCUUCUUCUCGUCGACGACGACAUGAUCUAAUCUUGUUCCAGAUAAAAUUAAAUAGUUUUCCCAACGGGGGUAGGUACGUAGGUAGGAAAAGAAUCAAAAGCACGGCUUGUUUGAGGACGGGGAAUUAUUUAGACUGGGCUGAAUAACGAAAAGUGGACGUAAAAUAUAUGUACUUGUGGUUUCCUUGUUGUUGUUGUGGUGCGGACCAAUUUGACAUGAUUGAUACUUGAACCAGUGGUGAAAAUACGAGCGGAAUCGGACACACCGCAGAUUAAGAAUCAUGUUGUCAGGAGAAAGGAAGCCAAACCACCAGCAGCCGCAGAAUGGAUGCCACACUACCGUUGAGACAUUGCCAGUGUGAAUACUGCAUUUUUCAGCAGCGGUGAUCCUACACCGUGGUGAAAGUGAAAGUGAGAAUAUUUACUUCGCUUCGAGUGACUGGGAAAAGACGGGGAAAGUUUUUUUUUCCUGGGACGAGUCAUCAAUCGUGUCAGAAUAAUUAAGUGACUUGUCUUCAGCUUCAUUCACCUGCUAAGACGGGAAGUGGAGAAGAAAAAACUUGAGAAAAAGUUGGGACGGAGAGAAGUGCGUUGAUUUGUAAUUAUAUUAGAGCUGCUGUCCGUCUAUUCGCCACAAUUAAUGCCGAGACCACCUCAAAUCCGCAGGGGGAGUGACAAGAUGGAGGACGACGAGGAAACAGGGGACGCAGGAGGGUGGCGUUGCUGGUGUAAAUGUUGUGAUCCUUGUUGGCAAUGUUUGAACGGACUUUGGUCCUGGUGCUGGGGGCGUGGGGAACGAAACAAGGCGAUCAAAAAGGAGGAUAUCACAUACAUUUUGCAGGGGCCUUCCGAGGGUGAAGGUGAGAGUGACGGGGGGUAUUCUGAAGGUGGUGGGAAUGGGGAGCGUCACGGCUCUUUUACGUCCGCUUCCUUGUCCAUGGGUUCCAGCCAUUCCGCCGGCGGAGGUGGAGGUGGGAAUGGGAACGGGGGGAGUGGGAAUAAUGGGACGGGAGGGGGACAUCGAGACCUAAAGGAGUUGCAUUAUGAUAUGAUUGAGCAAAAUCGGAGAGCGAGCGGAUGGACAAUGCGAAAGGAAUCGACGGCCACAACCGCGCCAUUAUUGGACCUUAGAGCGCUCGACUUUUGGAGCGGUUUUACCGGAAGUACGAGAUCUUCGACGUCCGAACCGCAACCAGUCCAGCCCAAAUUGUUGCUAAGUCCGGGACGGAGGGAUACGAUCAGUUCACAGGGCUCUGCUGACCAAAUCCGACCCGACCUUUACGAAACGAUAUCUGCCGAGGACGACAUGGCCGCGAGCGAACCAUGUCCAUCCGGACCUUUCGGAGCACUCCACUUCUUCCUCAGUUACGACAUCAACUCGAAAUCUCUCAUCGUUCGGAUCAUCGAAGCUCGCGAUCUUCCAAAACCCAUCCAACUCGACUCUUCCAAAACUGAUCAGGCUCAUUCCAACCCUUACAUAAAGAUUUGUCUCCUCCCGAAUCAGAAAGACUCAAGACAAACAACGCUCCGGAAGAAGACUCAGAAUCCACGGUUCGAUGAAAGUUUUUCGUUCGAAAUACCCUUCAGAGAAUUACAGAGAAGAACUCUACAGAUCGUCGUUAAAGACUUUGAUAAAUACUCGAGACACCGCGUCGUUGGGCAGGUUAUGCUCCCAUGCGAGGAUAUCAACGUGGUGAAAGGAGUCCAUUUCUGGAAGCAGUUGGAAGCCGUGCAAGCCAUGUCUCAAGAGGAUUUGGGCGAAAUCCUUUUCUCCUUGUGCUACCUCCCGGCCGCUGGCAGACUCAAUGUUGAUAUCCUCAGAGCCAAACAGCUCGUCCCGACGGAUCUCGUCGGUGGGGCGGCUCCAUAUGUCCGAGUUUCUGUCGUAAUCAACGACAGACACAUCAAGACUAAAAAGACGUCGUAUAAAAAAUACACCUUGGACCCCGUUUUCAACGAGAGUUUAAGCUUUGACGUCAACUCGGUCCAACUCGCGGACUGUGUGGUGGUCGUGUCCGUCAUGGAUUUUAACGGGGGCGUGGUGAAGGACAAUUUCGUCGGGAGAGUGAUUCUCGGGAAAGAAUCGUCCGGUCCGCAUGAAGUCAACCAUUGGAAGAACAUGGUGCAGUCGCAUCGAACCGCCAUCGCGCAGUGGCAUUCUCUCAAAUCCAAGUCCCAUUGUGACCAACAAUCCACCGCGUCGAGGGCGAUUUCUUAACACGGACGGAACAAAAAAACGAGGUGUUAUUUCAGUUAUUUAUAUAACUCGAAUUUUUACUUAGAAAUGUUUUCACAUUCUUUAAUUUGAUAAAAAUUAAUGAAUUUCGUAAACUUGUUUAUGGUUGGUCGAAACUUUUCAAACGCAGGUUAGCAUUGAGAAAUUUAAUCAACUUGUACAUAAAACGAAACCCUACAAAUAGUUCAUAAAAAUAGUGUUAUGUACUUAUACACACGUAUUAAGGUCGUUCUAAAUGUCAAGUUCUUGUAAGACUUCCAUGCAUUACUCUGAUGAGGUAACGACCAAUGUCAUGUUAAUUAUGCAACCUAAAAACUACUCCUUACUUAGUUGACAAAUCAUGUUCGUGUUUAUCCCUAGAAAGAGAAACUUUUACGAAUUAAAUACGUUAGCAAAUUGUUACAGAUUGUGAUUCUAAAAUAAAAUAUUUAGUUAGAUAAGUACGUGAGGCUGUGUAAAAAUAACGUGAUGAAUUUUCCGGUGCUGAGAGAACAAGAGAAAAACCAGACGUAUUGUGUUACAUAUUGUGAACCGCCUCGGACUAGAAUUGCAUAAAAGAAUCCUCCGAUCUGACCAGCAGGCAGACCUCUCUCGUUGGUCACACUACCAGUCGCUGCGGAAGAGUGGGGACAAUGUCCCUACGGUUGUUCGAUGUCCCCAUCAUCUCCCCAUGUUAUAUAAACCCCUCCCUCCCCCAUCCCACAAUGUUAAUGUCCCCACGGCUUCCGCGGCCAAUGUACAGAACUACACAAUUCCUUUACACCAAUGACCAACGGCAACGGUUACUGCUGGUGAUGACAUAUCAAAAUCAGACCUUAUCUAAACAAAGGGGUUUCUCUCUUUGUUCGUUUAAGUACUUUUAGUCACUCUUCCAGUCCAGUCAUGCCAUGCGACGGCACGGUUACUUGAAUACAAUGGGAGCGAUGCCGAGAAAGUGCUUCUGCCCCUUGUAAUGGGAUGAUUCGGAGAAGUGUAAAAAUAAAAAUGUUGCAACAACAUGUUUUCUUCGCCGUUUUUUAUUAUUCUUUUUUGGCUUCUUAUAUGAGGGACUCGAAUUUUCUCCACGUGAACGAAUGGUGCUAAUAAUAAUUAUGAUAAGUACUUAUAUAUAUUUUAGGCUAAAUAUUUAACACGACUGGAUUGCGUGAAUGUAAUAAAUCUUAUACCUACUAACCUUUUACCAUGGUCUGGUACUAAAUAGUUGUAACUGUAUGUAACCAUUACCGUAAUUAGUUCUGUUACGUAUCUAUAAUCUAAUAAUUCGAUGUAUUUCUGUAUCGGUAGCAUUUACCUAAUUAAUAACCUUCACCUCCUCAAUCAAGGAAUGACAGGUCAGGUCACUCACAACGAAGCUUUUCACGUACUAUACGGAUCCUGCUGGUAUACAUGCAUGCAUAAGAAGAAAAAGUCAGUGGCGGCGGAAGCAGGGGGACAUUGUGUCCCUAGAAAUUAAGCAAAAUUGUAUUUGUCCCAAUCCCAAGAUGCAAAUGUCCCCCCAACUUCCGCCGCCACUGGAAAAAGUCCCUUCAUAUGCAGCACAGAACAACAACUAGCCAGUAAUAUAGACAGGUUUCUGUAUGUACCUUUAUUGCAUGACUCUAAUUAAGUAAAUCCAUGUAUCUAUCAUUAGUAAAUGAUAUUCUAUGUAGGUAAGUAAAUUGUACUAAUAAAUGUACUAUAUUUUAAGAAAUAUGUAUCUACUAUAUGUCAAGUCAACUUUAAUGAUGUCCUCCUCCCAAAACUUAUUACGAUACGAUAGCCAAUUCCAUGUAAUGUAAAUGUGCAUGCCUGUUACUUGUCAUGUAGCAAUAAGCCAACAAUUGAAGAGGGGGAGUGAAAGUAAAGUACGGAAAAUAAAGUAAAUUUUGAUAGCA